AUGCCCUUGAAGUUCCCUCUCGGUGUACGCUUCAUCACUCACUCUCUCCCCUGCACUCACCUCGCUUCUUCCAUGAAUUCCGCCGCGCUGAUCUACUCGUUCCGCGCCGUCCCCGUCAUCUCCAAGGCGCUUCCCUCGAGGCUAACGUGCCUCGGACUCUGCUCCCGGGUCAGUUUCUCAACCCGACCCGAGUUCGGGAGGCGUGGAGAGAUUCGCGCGUCCAAGAGCUUGAUUGAGGACGAGGCGGAGCUUAGCGAUUGGGUGAGCGAUUUGAGGACUAGCUCCGUGCGUGGGAAGUUCACUAGCGAUGAGGAUGAAGCUGUUCAGGAACGUGUUCGUAGAAACGUAGAGAGGGAUGAUGGUAGGGGUCCGAGGAAGGGAAGAGAAGGUCAAGCUGAUAGGUUUGGUGGUUCUAGAAAGGUUGAUAGGUUUGGGGGUUCGAACCGGAGUAGAACCGGCGGCGAACCGGUUAGGAACAACCGGUUUGGUGACAGAGAAGGUGCAAGGAAUGGGAGGAUUCAAGGGAGGAGUGGCGAGUCUUCUUUUCGUGGGAGGAAUGAGAGAAAUGUAGAUUCAGGGUUUAGGAGAGAGCGAGGGAUGGAAACAAACAAGGGUUUGGGGAAGCAGACGAGAGGCUUGAGGCAGGAAGAGGAAGAUAGUAGUGACGAGGUAGUAUUGGGAGGCAUUGAUGAUUUGUUUAGUGAAGUUAGUAGUGAGGAUGACAGUGAAGAUGACGAGGCUUUCGUUGGGAAAGUGGUUAAGGGUGUAGAAGCUGAUAUGCCAAGGACUGACACUGCUAAAACUUCAGAUUCUUACUUAUCUAAGACAAGAUUUGAUCAGUUCUCAUUGUCUCCCUUAUCGCUAAGAGCCAUCAAGGAUGCUGGAUUUGAGACAAUGACUGUUGUGCAGGAGGCUACUCUUCCCAUCAUUCUCAAAGGUAAAGAUGUGCUAGCCAAGGCCAAAACAGGCACUGGGAAAACCGUUGCAUUUUUGCUUCCAUCAAUUGAAGCUGUUAUCAAAUCUCCACCUGCAAGCCGGGAUAGUAGGCAAUCCCCCAUUGUUGUGCUUGUUGUAUGCCCUACUCGGGAGCUUGCCAGUCAAGCGGCUGCGGAAGCUAAUACCUUGCUGAAGUAUCACCCGUCUAUCGGUGUUCAAGUUGUGAUUGGAGGCACAAAGCUUCCUACAGAGCAAAGGCGUAUGCAAGCAAAUCCUUGCCAGAUUCUUGUGGCUACACCUGGAAGGCUGAAAGACCAUAUCGAGAACACUUCUGGAUUUGCCACAAGGUUGAAUGGUGUGAAAGUCCUUGUACUUGAUGAAGCUGAUCAUCUCUUGGACAUGGGUUUCCGAAGGGAUAUCGAGAGGAUCAUCGCUGCUGUUCCUAAGCAGAGACAAACGUUUUUAUUUUCUGCUACGGUUCCUGAAGAGGUCCGCCAGAUAUGCCAUAUUGCUCUGAAACGGGACCAUGAGUUCAUCAAUUGUGUUCAAGAGGGAUCUGGGGAGACGCAUCAAAAGGUCAAACAAAUGUACAUGAUUGCAUCACUGGAUAGACAUUUCUCGCUUCUAUAUGUUCUCCUUAAAGAACACAUGGCAGAUAAUCCAGACUAUAAGGUUAUUAUUUUCUGCACAACUGCCAUGGUUACAAGAUUGGUUGCCGAUCUGCUUGGCCAGCUAAGCUUGAACGUCAGAGAGAUCCAUUCUCGAAAACCGCAGGGUUACAGAACCAAAGUCUCCGACGAGUUCCGCAAGUCGAAGAGUAUUAUCCUUGUAACAUCAGAUGUAUCUGCUCGUGGUGUCGAUUACCCUGAUGUGUCACUAGUCGUACAGAUGGGGUUGCCAUCAGACAGAGAACAAUACAUACAUAGACUUGGCAGAACCGGGAGGAAAGGUAAGGAAGGAGAAGGUGUACUAAUGUUGGCACCAUGGGAAGAGUACUUUCUGUCAUCUGUUAAAGACUUGCCCAUUAACAAGUCUCCUCUACCGCCAAUAGACCCUGAGGCUGUGAAAAAGGUGCAGAGAGGGCUUAACCAAGUGGAAAUGAAGAACAAGGAAGCGGCGUAUCAGGCGUGGUUAGGUUACUACAAAUCCCAGAAGAUGAUUGCGAGAGACACGACCAGACUAGUGGAGUUAGCCAAUGAGUUUAGCCGCAGCAUGGGACUUGACAUGCCACCAGCUAUCCCCAAAAAUGUUCUUGGCAAGAUGGGUCUCAAAAACGUUCCUGGUCUUAGAACCAAGUAGAAUCUAACUUCAUCGAAUGUUUUGCUUUUUGUCGUAUAAGGCUUUGUAAGUGCAAUCUCUUUUCAUUCUUGCAAACACUUGAUAAAAGUCUGUUAGAUUCUUCACUUGUACCAAACAAACCAAAAGAAAAGCUUGACUAUCUAAGCAGGCCGGUUCAUUCACUUA